UGAACUCACCAAGAAGAUGAAGAACUUUGAAUCCCAGCCUCUCCUCUUGCUGUUCAUGGUCACCUUGGUCAUUGCAAAGCAUUCAAAUGGUUCACACACUCUGAGAUUUGUGUCCACCUUCUUCUCAUGGCCUCGGCAUCUGGAUCCGCAGUUUAUCCUUCUCAUCUAUGUGGAUGAAACACUGAUCAUGGGAUUCAACAGUAUAUCAGAGAGUCAGAGGAUGGAGAGUCGGGUACCAUGGUUGAAUGAGCUAAAUGCAGAGUUUUGGGAGUUUGCAACACAGGGUGCCCUGAAAGAAAAAAACUUGAUGGCAGAAAUUAUGAACAAAUUGCUUCACAUCUACAAUGAUAGCAUGGCUGGAUAUCACAUAAUCCAGGAAACGUAUGGCUGCCAAGUCAAGCAGAGAAUGUACUUCAGUCACGCCUUCAUGGAAUUAGUAUUAGAUACACAUGAUUACAUCACACUGAAUGAGGAUCUGCAAACAUGGAGAGCGGUUGGCAAGGCAGCUGAGAUACUUAAGGAAGUGUUUGAGAAAGUAAAUCUUGUAAAGUCAUCGAGGUCUUUCCUGCUGGGUGCAUGUGUGGAGGGGCUCCUUCACUACCUGAACUUUGGGAAGAAGUAUUUGCUGAGAACAGAUCCUCCUGAACCCACCAUCCCCUUCAUGCCUAUGAUUAUUGCUCUGGUUCUUGGGGCUCUGCUUAUGGGAGCAGUGAUGACUUUUCUUAUAUGGAAGAGAAGGACUAGAGGUUAAGACAGAUGUGGUCCAGAGCCAUUAAACACUGUUUCUGGCUUCUCCUCCCAUUGUGCCUUCUCUUUCCACAUCUGACUGUGACUAUGUGUCUGUCUACUCUGAGCACACUGUAAGCAGUUUAUCAGCAGGAAAAAGCCUUAUCUUGACUCUUACUGUGUAUAUUCCCCAGUCAUCUCUCAUAUUCCCACACAGGCAGGGCUGGGAAACCUCCAUCCCUGAUUGGAAUUUCACUUUUCCCAAUAUAGCAUUCCAUGCUUCUGUCUUUACUUAUUUGCUUUUGUUUGUGCAACUUCUUGGCAGAUUGUGUGAUUGACUGAUAUCCUAAAAAUGAGUAAAACUUGAUGGAAAAAUAAAUCUCAGAAUC